GCAGCGCAGCAGCACAGCAGCAGCGGCUCAGUUCCUCUAAAAUGGCUGAAAUGUGAACCAAAAAGAACCAGAACAGAACCAGAACCACACAGAACCGAGCUUCCGGUCUGUAGCGUUGGUCUCUGUUCGGGUCGAGUCGGGUUCUGCCGGAUUUUACCGAACCUGAAACUUUUCAAUGAACUGCAGGGUUCUCCACAUCCUGAACCCUCGCCCCGGGGGUCCGUCCCCCAUCAUGCCCGUCGACAUGGCCGUGAGAAUCUGCCUCGCCAGCUCGCCCCCUCUGCGCUCCUUCCUCGGUAACUACGACAACCGCUGCUCUUCCUCCGCGGCGGCCGCUCUCUCUCUGCCGCGCUGCCAGCCGCUGCGGCCGUGUCUGGCGUCCGGCGUCACCACGGCAACCGCGGCCUCGGCGGCGGCGGAGGAGAGCAGCAGCAGCCGCGCGUGGCUCAGGAGGAAGAAGAAGAGCGUGGUGUUCGCAGACUGUCGCGGUCUGGCGCUGACCGCCGUCCACGUCUUCGACGAGUCGGAGGACGACCCGCUGAGCGAGCUGCAGUUCCAGCUGACGGAGCUCGAAGGCGCCGUCGCCGGCAGGCUGCAGGACGAGUCAGACUCGGCUGACGGGGGGUCGGGUCUGGUGCUGGACUUCACCCAGCCGGCUGCAGACUACCUGGACCUGAGGAACCGGCUCAAAGCCCAGCAGGUCUGUCUGGAGACCUGCUCGAUCCAGGACCGGCUGCUGUCGGGGACCGUGCAGGUCCGGAACGUUUGCUUCGAGAAGUCCGUGUCGGUCCGGAUCACCUUCGACUCGUGGCGGUCCCACCGCGACGUUUCCUGCUGCUACCUGAACAACGUGUACGGUUGCCAUGACACCGACACCUUCGCCUUCUCCGUCUCCGUGCCCGAAGUCCUCGAGCCGGCCGACAGGAUCGAGUUCUGCAUCCAGUACCAGACCCGGGACCGGAUCUUCUGGGACAACAACCUCGGGGACAACUACCGGCUGGCGGUGACGGAUCCACACGGCGACCCGGUCCGGAUCGCUGAGAGCUCGGCGGAGAAGACGGACUUUGACCCGUUGGGAAGUCCCAGAACCUCGGCGCAGAUCUUCUCUGAGUGGCAGAGCUGGCGACGCCUGGAGACCAGCGCCCCCUACUGGUGAGACCAGCGCCCCCCCUACUGGUGAGACCAGCACCCCCUACUGGUGAGACCAGCACCCCCCUACUGGUGAGACCAGCUCCCCCUACUGGUGAGACCAGCGCCCCCUACUGGUGAGACCAGCACCCCCCCUACU